AUAGAGGGCUACCCCUCUCCUCCUGUCUUCCUCUCCCACUCUUUCUCCUCCAUUGACAGAGCUGAGAGAACGCUCCCCAGGUUAGACCUCCAGACAGACACCUCUCUCUCUCUCCACUACAUGGACUAUCUACCACAGCACACAAAACAGACACUUACUAUUGUUCGACUUUCGUUUGGGGGGAUUUGUGUGUGUUUUCCUUGAAAAAAGCUGUCUUCCUAUGCCACAAUGAAGCUUUGUUGGACUUAAGUUUCCACAGAACCAGGAGCUGGUACAUCAGAACGCCGAAGAAGACUUAGGUCCAUUUUCAGAGCGAUCCUGUCGGGUUUUUGGACAGACUGGUUUCCAGGUGCGGUUGCUCCAACAGAGAUGGGCUCAGACGUGCGUGACCUCAACGCCCUGCUGCCCCCGGUGCCAGCCCUGCCAGGAGGGAACGGGAACUGUACCCUGCCCGUCAGCAGUGCCCCUCAGUGGGGCCCUGUACUGGACUUCCACACUGGCGCCCCCUACAGCUCGCUGGCCCCCCACUCCUUCAUCAAGCAGGAGCCCAGCUGGAGCUCUGGGGAUCCCCAGGAGGACCCUCACUGUGGCCUGAGUGCCUUCACCCUGCACUUCUCUGGCCAGUUCACUGGCACAGGGGCCUGCAGGUACGGGGCCUUCGGGGCCCCCCCUCCACCCAGCCAGCCCCCACCAAGCCAGCCAAGGAUGUUCAGCAACGCACCCUACCUGACCAACUGUAUGGACACCCAGCCCUCUUCCAGGAACCAGGGUUACAGUGCUUUCGAUGGUGUCACUAAUUACGGUCACACUCCCACACACCACUCCUCCCAGUUCCUCAACCACUCCUUUAAAGAUGAAAACUCCCUCGCUCAGCAGACCAGUAUGGGUGAGCAGCCGUAUCCUGUCCCUCCACCCGUGUAUGGAUGCCACACCCCAUCAGACAGCUGUACAGGCAGCCAAGCCCUACUGCUGAGGAACCCUUACAACAGCAGUGAUAAUUUAUACCAAAUGGCAUCUCAGCUGGAAUGCAUGGCAUGGAACCCUGUUAACACGCUGGCUUCCACCAUUAAGAGCCAUGCUACGGGUUAUGAAAGUGACCCCAACACUCCCAUGGUGUAUAGCUGCAGCACCCAGUACCGCAUCCACACACACGGCAUCUUCAGAGGCAUGCAGGAUGUCCGACGGGUGCCAGGUAUCGCCCCCGCCAUUGUUCGCUCAGAGACCAAUGAGAAGAGGCCAUUCAUGUGUGCAUAUCCUGGCUGCAACAAACGAUACUUCAAACUGUCCCACCUACAGAUGCACGGCAGGAAACACACAGGUGAGAAACCCUACCAGUGUGACUUUACCGACUGUGGACGAAGGUUCUCCAGGUCAGACCAGCUCAAGAGACACCAGCGAAGACACACAGGGGUUAAACCGUUCCAGUGCGAGACGUGUCAGAGAAAGUUCUCACGGUCUGACCACCUUAAGACCCACACCCGGACUCAUACAGGUAAAACAAGCGAGAAGCCGUUCAACUGCAGAUGGCCCAACUGUCAGAAGAAGUUUGCCAGGUCUGAUGAGCUGGUUCGUCACCACAACAUGCACCAGAGGAACCUGACCAAGCUGCAGCUUGCCAUCUGAGCCAGAUCUGAACCAGACCACUCUGCUCUGCAGACACACUGGCCUCACUGCUCUCAAACACUCUGCCUACAUGAGACUUUGAAUCUCCAUGUCGUUCACCAAUGCCUGUAGCACAAAGGGGCAACAGCAGCAAAGCAGGGCUAUUCACUAGAUAGCACAGCCACAAAGUCAAAAAUGUCUGCGUUGUAAAAAUCCAUAAAAACAACAAUUAGCUUUUUGAUCUUAAUUUAAGGUUAGGGUUAGGUAUAAGGUUUUAAAGAAGAGAAAUUGUAGAAUUUUAAAGAAGAGAAAUUGUAGGAAUAGGCUGGGUUUAUUACCUUGUGGCUGUGGUAAAAGACCAGGAGGCUGACAGUCUUGUUCAUCUGCAUGUAACUGUACAGCCUCACCAACGGACAGUCCUCCAAACAGCGCCAUCCAAUGACGGUCCGCCGUCCAGAUGCUCUGAUCCAGAGGGUUGUUUUAGUAAGACAUUUAAAGAGGAAACAAAAUAGUUUCUAUCUCUUGUUGGUGUUGUAUACAGUAGAUGUGAAUUACUUUAUGCCUUUUUUUUCAGUUGUAGUGUUACUUUGAGCAGUUUCAGAUUAAUUUAUAAUUUUAUCAUACUUUUGUGAAUUAAAAUAUCUUUCACUGGAAUGAUUUCUGGAAAGGGGAACAUUAUUUUACUUUGGUCCAACAGCAUGUUCAUCAUCGCUUUCGUUCAGUCCACAAAUUUGAUCUGCACCAUGUAGUUGAAUCAUAAAGCUACAGUAAGUCUG